AUGGAGGACUCAACGCUUCCUGCUUCAUGUGCCCUCUGGCCAGUGGACCUGAUGUUAACACACACUGACUGCAGUCCUGAAAACACGUUGGUCCACUUUCAAGGCCAAUACGCUUCGAUCUGUGAGCUGGACUACAAAAUUCUCCAUGUGGAAAUUCAGAAUGUCCCCAAAACCACUGUACCUGUGGAAGUUGGAGACUCUUGCUUGGUGGAAGACUUGCUGUCCAGUAGCUGGUAUAGAGGACGGGUUCAGAACCGAUCGGAAAAUUUGUUCGAUGUGUUCCUGCUGGAUCAUGGCAACAUUCUGACCGUUGAUCACAGCAAUUUGUCUACAAUUUCUGAUUCCUUACUCAUGCUCCCACCAAAGAUUGUCUGUGGGUUCAUUGCUAAUGUGCUCCCAAUUCAGGAAUGCUGGGACGAACUAUCACAGGCGUAUUUCUCUUCUUUGAUAGGCAGACAUGUCAAUGGAUAUAUCCAUGGUCUUCUGCCAUACAAAGUUCUUAUUCUGGAAAUGCCAGAAAUAACCAAAGAUUUGUUAAGACUGAGUUUAGGCAGACAUGUGGAUACAGACACUUUUUUGCUCUUGGUGGAACUGGUGGUAGAAGCGCCAAUUCAACAAAGUUACGAAUCUGUGCCAGAUUUGCUCAUUGAAAAGCAAAUUGCAGAAGAGAUUGCCUUUAAAUCCUCUAAUUUACGUAGCUACGAAAACGUCCUUUACCUCAGCAGCUCUAAGUUGAUUGUCGGACAGAAGGAAAGAGUAAGAAUAGCUGCUGCCGUGCAGCCUGGGUUAUUUUAUUGCCAGUUAUCCUCUGCUGCAAAUGACCUGAAAGAGAUGUCAGAAAAAUUGGCAGUUAUAUGUGAGUCGAGGAAUGCUAAUAUCAAAGAUAAGCCAGGCGAACGUCUGGGCCUACUAUGUGCGAUAAAAGGCAAAGACGAGAAAUGGCACAGAGGUUUAGUCCAGUGCCUCCCUGUUAACUCUCAAGUUCGUGUUGUUUUUGUCGACUAUGGGUAUUGUGAAUCUGUAAAAGUUGAAAACAUCUUUCAGUUACCAUCAGAUUUUCUUCUAACACCCAUCAUGACUUUCCCGUGUUCUCUUUCUUGUUUGGGCGACAAAGACAAAGACACAGUGAACCAGCAACUGGUGCUUCUCAGAGGAGGGUUACUGGGUAAGGAGCUUGUGAUUACAGUAGAUAACGUAAGCAAAGAAAAGAAUGUCUGUUCAGUCACGCUUAGCAACAUCGCAGAAUAUGCACUUAUCAAAACAGUACAGUCCAAAGAAGUUGAUAAAAUGGCAGGCAAUGAGCGCCAAUUGGGUUACAUCCCAACUGAGGCCACAAAGGACAGAAUCUCGAAGAAUUUGGUUGCUUUUGAAGACAUACAGGACGGCUCAGUGUUUGAGGGGUAUGUCGAGCAUGUUCAGAAUCCUCAAGAUUUCUGGGUGAGGACAACCAAGUCGAAUUAUCGAUUUGAGGCCAUGAUGAAUAAACUGACUGACUGUUUUAGUAGAUUACAACUGAAUGAGGAAAUCCUUCAGGAUCCAGUGCCUGGUCAACUCUGUUGUGCCAUGUACGAAAAAGACAUGCAUUACUACCGAGCUGUUGUGGUGGAUAAUUUUGAACAUGAAGUUGAGGUGUUUUUUAUUGACUUCGGAAACACGGAAAAGGUGCCAAGCACGCUGAUAAAGAAAAUGCCCACCAAAUUAACUGUAGAGCCAGAGUUUGCUCUUAAUUGUUCCUUAGCUCAUGUUAUUCCACUGGAGGACGUCUGGACAGCCACAGCAACAGACUUCUUCAGGAAAGUCACUUCAAAUAAAGCACUACUGUGUCAUGUCAUUUAUAGAAGGGGUGAUGUGCUCGUUGUGGAGUUGUAUGAUAAAAGGUUUGAAGAAAGUCAUAGUAUUACGACACUUUUGACAAGUGCAAAAAUGGCAGAUUACUGGGCAUACAGGGCUUCUGAGCUCCCUGUAGGAAAGGAUCACAAAACAUGCAAGAAGGUUGUGAGAAGCCAGUUUGCUGAGAAAAAAAGGUCACAGAAACUAACUAACAAGGAGCCAAGGCAAGAGAUCAAACAAACCACAGACAAACAAGUCCACAAUGAGACACCAAAAUAUUCUACUGUAGACAGUAUCAAAAGUCAGACUUUUAAGCCAGGGGCUGUGGUCAAUGUCUGCUGUUCACAUGUCGGUUCCCCAGCAGAUUUCUGGUGUCAGAACAAGGAAAACAAGCAAGACUUGGACAGAUUAAUGAGAAGACUACAAACGUUUUACCAGACCAAUGUCUCUGUAGUACGGCCCCAGAGUGUGUGUUGUGCUGUCCGGUUUCAGCUGGAUAAAAAGUGGUACAGGGGAUGCAUUCUGAAACAAACUGGUAUAAACGUUAAGGUGAUUCUAGUUGACUAUGGCAUGGUCGUGCAAGAAAAGCUGCAGAACCUUCAAAUGCUAAAUCCUGAGUUCCUUGAGCUUGAAGCGCAAGCAUUCAGAUGUAGCUUAUGUAACCUAAUUGGCCCAGUUGAAGGAGCAGUGUGGUCUGACAAUGCAAGAACAUUGUUAAAACAUUUUACUUCUGAAAAUUUAUGGAAUCUGAAAUGCAAAAUUUACUCCCAGGUCUUUAUUGCAAAUCAAGGCCUUUGCAAUAUGGUUGACUUGUACAUACCUAGUCAACAAGCCUCCGCAUAUCUUGUUGAAAAGGGUGUUGCCAAGGAAAUACAGCAUCCCUAUGAGCUACUUCCGUCUGUCUAUCCAUGCUCUUUUGUGUAUUCUUCUUUUGACAUUAGCAUUGGAAGUGAGGAGUUGGUGUUCCCCACUCAAGUUGUCAGUCCAUGGGAAAUCUAUUUCCAGCUAGACAGAAAUACUGAAAUAAUUGAGCAACUUAUGGACAGAGUUAUGAAGGAAAGCCAAGCGUUAUUGAGUCUGGCACAUCCUGAUAAAACUGGUAGCGUUUGCCUGGCCAAAUAUUCUGAAGAUGGGAAGUGGUACAGAUCAUUUGUCUGGCCUGCUCAGUCCAGUCAACAUUUUAAUGUAAUUUUUGUUGACUAUGGAAGCAAGCAGGUUGCUGAGAAAAAUAAUUUGCUGCCCAUCCCCAGAAAGGCAGCUGAUUUGCUUUUGACACCCAUGCAAGCUUUAAGGUGUAGUCUUUCAGGUAUUCCUGAGGAAGAACAUUUGCCUGAAGUUAAUAGAUGGCUCGAGAAGGCCACACUCAACAAGGAACUUCGAGCAAAGUUCGUAUCAACAAACAGCAGUGGUCAUUUUGUUUGUGACCUUUUUGAUGGUGACAUUCAUAUUAACGAGAAAGUAAAAGUAAUGAUUGCAAUUCAUCGAGUAAAAGAUAUAUCUGUCAGGAAACCUAUCAGUGAUGGCCAUAAAGACUUUAUGAUUGUAUCUUCUGUGGGCAACAAAUUGAAUAUUAGAAGGAAAAAUCACGUGAGAUCUCUGGUCAAACCACAGAGGACACCAGGGCAUUGUAAAGUCAUCCAGGGCAUUGUACAGUCAUGUCAAAGCAAAUCAUCCAAAUUAAAAUGUCCACAAAAAUCUCACAAUCUUAAAGGAUGUUCUGAAAAUAAUGGCCAGACCAAAGAGAAUCCCAGUCUAAAGAUCAUGAAAGUAGAUUGCACCAUUCCAAGCACUUCUAACAUGCACUCUUCUAAUGUUUUGCCGAACGUUAGUGAUCUACCAGCCGUCAAAAUUGCUCCAGGUUUCAAAAGCGUGGGAUUCAUUUCUCACUGUGAUUUUGGUGACAGCUUCUUCAUCCAAAUGCAAAUGGAUGAACAAAAUAUUCUUAAAAUGAGGGAGGAACUAAACAGCACCCCAUUUACAGAAAGUUUGCAGUGUGUUACAUCAAAUGUAAAAGAAGGGGAUCUGGUUGCUGCGAGGUAUGACGAGGACUUGGCCUUAUAUCGUGCUGCUGUCAAUAGUGUCGCAUCCAGUAGUCACCUGACAGUUGAAUUUAUUGACUAUGGUAACAGAGAAACUGUUGACAAGAUGAAAAUUCACCCCUUAGCAAGCAAGUUCCUGAGUGUGCCAAGAUUAAGCAUCCAUUGCAAACUUUCAAAUUUAUACAAUUCGGGGGAUGUUAAGUCUUUUCCAAGUGACGCUAAAGACAAACCCCUGGUGGUGGAGUUUUUACAGAAUCUUGGGUAUGCAUGGGAAGUAAGCGUUCAGCAAUUUCAGUCGAAAGAAUUAGUUCCUGCUGAAGGAUCUAACAAAACGGAGGACAAGGUUUCAGGUUCAGACCAAGCGAAGCAAAGCCAAGAGCUAUAUGGAGCAGUAUAUGAUUGUGACACCUCCCUUCCAAGUAUUGGUGAGGACGUACUUGAAGCAGUAUCAGCCAGCAUUGAAGAAAAAACCACAGUGCUUGAAUCGGUUCUUAAAGAAGAAACCACAGUGCUUGAAUCUGUUCAAGAGAAAACCUUGGACAAAGUGCAGGCCACAAGGGCGACCGAUUGCAUCCAACAUCAUCCAACUUCUACAGUUGUGACCAUUCCCCCAGAAAUGCCAGUGAACAAGGAAGACGAGAUACAACGUCUAUCUCUUGCACCAGUUAAAAGAGACCAUGAAUACUCAGGAUUUGCAGCAGCAAUCACCACGCCUGGGGAAUUUUGCAUUGUAUUUGACGACCUACUUUUUAUCAUGCAUGCUCUCUCAAUUUUUCUUGAAGACCUACCAGAAGACUUGGCUCCAGUGCCAGAGGCUCACCUGAUCCCUGGGACCGGCUGCCUGGUAAAGUCUGAUCAGAUGAAAAAAUGGUGUAGAGCAGAGAUAAUACAAUGUGACAACGAAUCAGUAAUCAUUAAUCUGGUCGAUUAUGGGCAUUAUCUUCAUAUGGCAAGCCAAGAUGUCUGCAACCUCAAAAUGCUUACUGUUGAGCUUGCUAGCCUUCCGAAGAUCACUUACCCUUGCAUGUUAAGAGGAAUAAAGCCGGCUGAUGAGCUGCAAUGGUCUGACCGUGCUGCUAUGUUCUUCCAGCAGUGUCUGUAUCAAAAAGCCCUUCAGAUACACUUUAGAGAGUAUGUUUCAGAGGCACAGUGGGAGGUUGAUAUUGUUACGUCCAACAGAAAUGUCGCUAAAGAGUUGGUCGAUGCUGGUUAUGCACACUACAUAGACAAUUUGCUUGGAAUACGGUUUCAGCUAAGGCUAGGCCGUAAAAGUGAAAUCAAGUCCAACUCUUUAGAGGGCAAACAUGAGCAAACACAAGCGAAGAUGGAGAGAACGGAAGAUGCGUCAUCAAGUCGUAGUGGUGGUGAUGAAAUUUGUGAAGGCUGUAGUACAGAAGGAGAGAGAGAAGACUCCUCGAGCGGAAGCUCUGACAAACAAGAAUUAAGAAAGUAAAACGAGGACUACAGUCUAGCCAGGGUCUGCAGUGAAGUCAGCAGAGGAACGUUGCUCCGUGUCCCGAAACAAAAGUUUAUGCAGAAAUAAUGUUUUGAUUAUUUUAUUGCUUGAUUACUUGUUUAGUUUUGUUUUAAAUGUUAAUCUUGUUCAAAAUGUUUAGUUAAUCAGAAAUUUCA